AUGAAUGACUUUCAAUGUGGACGAGAUAUUUCCUUUUGUUUAAGCGUUUGCAAUUUAACUCUGUGUUCACCGGAGAACAAUACCUGUGUAGCAGAUCAUGGAUAUUGUGUGUUUAGCGACAAAGUUCAACCGAAAUGUAUAUGUUUACCUUGUUUUAUUGGCAAGUACUGUGAGGACGAGAAGGUAUCGCGAAAUCUCUGGUCAUUCUUUGCACCUUAUGGUGAGAUAGCGGAAAACGGCGCCUAUAUUCCGGCGAUCAUAAUUAUGAUAUGGGGUGCAUUUCUUUUAAUGAACGGAAUCUGUUGUUUACAAACAUAUCUAUGUCGGAAAAUACGUGAAACUAACUUAGGAAUUUAUUUAAUAAUGCUUUCAAUUGUGUCGCUGUUCAUUGGACUAAUAUUGAUCAUAUUUGCAUCACUUUUUCUGCGCGUCAAAGAUUUACCAGAUCUAGAUCUGUUUGCUGAUUUCCAUUGUAUAAUUUACGAGAAAUUUGUUUAUAUUCCUUUGGUUUCUAUGUACAAUUGGUUCAUCGCCUGUGUUGGCAUCGAACGAGCGCUCGUUGCUUGUUCGAGAGACUACGAACUACACGAUUCAAGACGUCGUUCAGUCAUAGUUUCUGUUCUCGUUGUAAUCAUUUGUCCAUUGACAGCCCUUCCAGGACUCUUCACCGUACGUCAAAAUCAGCCCGCAGAACUACGACCCAUGCAGUGCGUGAAUUUUACACCAGUGGGAUACAUCUUACAGCGAAUCUGCACUGAUCAAUUAUUAGUGGGUGCAGAUCAUUCGUCGUAUGAAAGUUUAACUAUAUUCACUGAAUCCAUAUCUGGAUGGGUCCAGAUCGACGCCGAGCAAUUGAACAUGUAUCUGGCAAAGAAUUCUUCAGCCAUUCGACCAAGUCAUCGUUUGCACGAUCGUCUUGACAAUAUAUAUGCAGUGCUCGAAGAUUGCACAUUUUUGGUAUGA